UGACUAUACUGCCUACUUACAUGUCCACAAACAAAGUUAACCUUGAUAAAUAUAAAUACACAAGUUCAGUAAGCGUUAUCAUUCGCACGGAUCGUGUAGUCUGUGAGUGACUUUACUUUAAAAAAUAAAUAAACAAAAUGGCGCGCAAAGUGGCAGUCGUAACCGGUGCAAAUAAAGGACUAGGAUUCGCAAUUGUAAAAGGGCUGUGUGAGAAAUUCGACGGUAAAGUUUAUUUAACGGCAAGAAACGACGACAGAGCCGCGGGUGCUCUUGCAAAGUUAAAUGACCUCGGUCUACAGCCGGCAUAUCAUCGCCUUGACGUGACUGACGAAGAGAAUGUCAAGGAAUUCGCGAGUUACAUCAAAACAAAACACGGUGGUUUCGACGUUCUCGUAAACAAUGCUGCUAUUUUAGAAUGGGACGAAGUGUAUCCGAGUUACGAAACAGCGCGGCGAAAUAUAGAAGCGAAUUACAAAAGCUUGUUAAAAAUCGAAGAGCACCUUUUUCCGCUCCUAAGAGAUGGCGCUAGGGUCGUAAAUAUCUCUAGUUCGUGUGGUCACCUUUCGAAUUUGAAGAAGAAACAAUGGAUCGAUACCUUAAUAAAGCCUGAUUUGACAACGAGGGAAAUCAAUGAAUUCGUUGAUGGGUAUUUGGAGAGCGUCAAAAAUGGCACUUUCGAUAAAAAUGAUUUUGCCGAUGAUGGAAAGCAUGCUGAACAUAGGGUCGCAAAAAUUGCGGUAACCGCCCUCACAAUGGUGCAGCAGAGGAAAUAUAAGAACAUAAUAAUCAAUGCAGUACAUCCUGGCCACAUUAUAACUGAUAUGGCAAAUGGUUCGGGCAAAAUAGAUCCAGACGAGGCGGCAAAAGUAGUUCUAUACCUUAUUCUGGAAGCAUCACCCAAUCUGAAAGGUACUUUUAUGUGGUACAAUAGAAAAUUAGUUGAUUGGUUUGAUACUGAAGGUGAUUAUUAUUGCAAAGACAUAUGGUAAUAUUUUAUCGUCAUUAAAAUAUUUUUCGUUA